AUGCGUGCGCCGAAAACACUCACGAGAGCCAUGAAAGAUCAGGGCCAUCUACCAUCUCAACUUGUAAAUGCGGAAGAUGAAGCAACCGACGACGUUGAGAAGCCCUUAUCUGAGUCCUGCGACUCAGCCAGCAUUGAUGAAACCGUGGGUAUUGACAAUCACAAGAAACCAACGAAACAGAAAGGACAAAAAAAGUUUAACGAAAUGCACCCUGGAUGGUGGCCGCAGUGGUAUGCGCCCUUUAACGGUGCAAACCGGAGUAUCCGUGCAGGAAUGAGGGAAAAGAUUCAACAAUACGAGGAGGCGGGUCGCGACCCGAGAGAUAUGUGGGAUGAGUACGGCAAUGACGGAUGUAUGGUGAAGGCAAUCAAGAACAACCCAAGAGCCAAAAACAGGCUUACAAAAGCGACGUUCGAGAAGGUCCAGCUUCCCUUUACUAUCACAAAGCCUGGUAGCAAUAGAGUACGCCGUGCCAAACGACGUAAACGCAACUGCUCCCCAUCUUACCAAGGCGACAUCAAUGACAGCGUUGACGCCCGUUCGCCAUCCGGUGUUACUAGUAUCGACGACGAUGCGACAUCUUCUCAACCUAAACCAUUAGCAGACUCCGUAAGGAGGACUAUAGCGCGCCUGUAUGAUGAUUUCAUGCUCCGCAGUGACGAUAUAUCACGAUGCACAAAACUUCUUCAUCCUGGUGAUGAAUGGCAUGUGUUUGACCCUGGGUAUCCGUCCGAGAAUUCAGUCCUCCAACGCCUACGGACCCGCGCAAACAACCUCGUGUUCUUCCUCCACGCGAAAUACCAUUGGUCUCUUUGUCAUCUGGACAGAAAAAGCGGGCAACUGAAUCAUUUCAACUCCAUGAGAGACACCGAGAUGCCGGUUAGUGGCCUUGUAUCGUGGUUAUCAAAGCACCCGUCAAUCAAGCCUGCAUGUCGCAUCACGAUCCAUGAGAAGGACUGUCCCCAACAAGAAGAUGCAUUCAACUGUGGAAUCUUUGCAUUGGCCUUCUUGCAAUCACUGGUCAAUGGUGAAGGAAUCCCGACGCAAGUCAAUGCCCGAGAACUUCGUACCUUUUUCGCUAUGCAUAUUGAAGGUAAUGGGCCGUCGGAACGCGAGAUUACUGUCCAAGAGACGACAUCCACAAGUUACCAGACACCACCUGAGCAGAUCAAUCCUGUAACCCGCAGCGUCAGCCUGCCUGCGGAUUCCAGCAUUCCAGCAUCCUUCUUGGUCGAGUCUCAGAACUUCUUGAAGAGCUGGAGAAGGGAAAAAGAGAGAUUGGCAAUGGCCACAAAGAUAUUUGAGAAGAAAGCCAUGAAUUUAUCGACCUUGAAGGAUGAACUCACCCUUGUUCAACAAAGACUUCAGAAGAGCGAAGAAACAGUACGGGAACUACGAAAUCAGAUCAAGGAGUCUGGCGAUACCGAGACACUUCAUAAUGACAUCCGGGACCUGAUAGCAAAACUGCCCCCUGCUGAGGGUAGCAGUUUCCACAGCAAAUGGCUAAGUGAGCUGAGAUCAAAUGCUGAGAUGACAAAUGACUCAAUGUUGGCAGAAAGCAAAUCAUUGCCAAAGAGAUUGAGUAACGCUGAAAGCGAGCUUGAUGGAACCCGCAAAAGGAUAACGCAGCUGGAGGGACAGAUUCAAUUGCGCAGAAGGGACCUAGAGGGGAUAGGUAACGAGAUUGAGAAGACAAAGCAGGUAUUGACCUACGUAAGUGAGGAGUAUGCUCAGAUUGAGGGAUUAUGA